AUGCGCGCCCAAGGCAAUGGAUUCGGCAUAACGGGCUGGGCUGUUGGAGUUGGUAUGACCACUCUCGUCAACCCGAUCAUGUUCGACAGUCUUCAGAGCCGGAGUUAUUUCCUUCUUGCUGGUCUCAAUCUUCUUUGGGUCCCCAUAGUCUACCUCUUCUAUCCCGAGACGCGCAACCGGUCACUGGAGUCAAUCGAAGCCCUGUUUUCAACACCUAGCCCGUUCUACUGGGCCAUGGAACGAGCCUACCAGCAGCAUGGGAAUGUGCUUGUGGAGCAUGGCACCACCAUCACGUCUGACGAGGAGAUCAGCAAGUAUAUCAUGGACCCGGGAUAUUCGCAGAAAGCGACUUGA